ACUGGGCCAAGUAUUCUCUCGGCUCCAGCUGUGAAGGAACGCGCUGAGUGCACGCGUGCGCGCCGUGUGUGUCUGAUGCCAGCGGUCGACUCGGCGACGCAUCGUAGCUGGGCCGCUCGCUGGUUUCCACGUUCGCUCGCUCGCUCGGCUCCGAACGGUGCCCUUGGGCAUCAGCGGUCUUCGUUCUGAAGCGCGGCCCAGUCAAGAUGGAGAAGGGCGGCGCCGCAUUGGAGUCCAGCUCAUGGAGCGACGUCGCCGCUCAGCAACAGCGAGGCGACGGCGUGCCCGUUCACUUCGUGUCGGUUAACAAGGUUCCGACGCAGGUGAUCUGCUACGGCGACCCCGGAAACCUGGCGCUGGACGCCGCCAAGCCCGUGGUCCUCGUCAUUCCAGGCAAUCCCGGCUCGAUCGAGUUCUACGCCGAGUUCAUGCGAGAGAUUUUCGAUGGCCUCAAGGGCAAGGUCAUCGUCUGGGGAGUCUCGCACGCCGGUCACGUGGCCCCGCCCAAGCCCAUGCAGAUACCCAACGUAGAAGACCAUCCGACACUGUACUCCUGCGAGGGUCAGAUCGGCCACAAGAUGUCCUUCAUCAAGCAGUACAUUCCGAGUGGAACGCCGCUCUUCCUGGUCGGGCACUCCAUCGGGUGCCACAUGGUCCUCGAGAUACUCAAGAGGGCCCCAGACCUCAAUGUGCUCAAGGCGUUCCUGCUUUUUCCGGCCAUCGAGAGCCUGGACUCGUGUCCCCGCGUGAGCAUCAUCAACCCCCUGGUCACCUACCUGCGGCCUCUGACCGUGGCCUCGCUGUCCGCGCUGCGGUUCCUACCGCGCACUGUGCAGAACAUGCUCAUCCGCUUCUACAUCUACCUCGCCACCUCGUGCACAACGCCGCACCGGACGUCGCUGAGCGGCGCGCAGAACUACUUCCGGCCGGAGUGCCUCAUGGCCUGCUUCGUGUUCACGCGCGACAUCAUACAGAACGUGCGCGAACGGGACGACGCCACCAUCGGGCGGCACGCGGACAAGCUGGUCGUGUACUACGGCCAGAACGACCACUGGAGCCCCGUCGAGUACUACGACAACCUGCGCAGGACGUUCCCCGAGGCGGACGUGCGCCUCUGCGACCGAGGCUUCCGGCACGCCUUCGUACUCGACUGCAGCGUCGACGUUGGCAACAUGGUGCGCGGCUGGAUCGAGCCGUUCCUGCCUAGCUAGCGGCGUGUGCGUGCACCUCUCGAACUGUUGCUUCGUUUUUUAUGUCGCGCGCAUUGAAAGGUGUGACAUGCUGUCCCGUUUAUUUGCACCUCUGGACACAUAAGAGUGGCAAAGGUUACACGAUAACUGAAGCGGUUGUUAAUUAAAGCCCCCGAGAGAGGUAAGCUAUAAUUUGCGGAAAGCUGCGGUAGGAGCAUGGAUGAAGCCAUGGUUGUCACCCUGUAACUGGCGGUACAGCGUCCCUAUCGCCCCAUGGCAAGCGAACAUCGAGAACGGAACUGCAACGGAUGCUUUGCAAUGAUGAGGAAAUCAGACAGCGUGGAACUUGACGAUGAUUUUGUUAGGCCUGGUCGUAAACGUCUGGCUGCUUCUGUAAAUAAUGGAUCCCAGAAGAUAGUGUAAUACGUUGGCGCUGUUGAAAACAAGUCCCAAGUCUUUGUCCAAGGACCCGCGAUCACGUCAGAUCUUUUUAUACUUUAGCCGUGCCGACCGAGGUCAGAUAUUAUCGGUCAGUGAUAUGGCGGGAACGCGUUUUCGAUUGACCAAUUAUGGCGAUAUUCCAGACGACGUGCGUUGAUCAAAUAAGCAAGCCCGCCUUAACUUUGUUGCUCCAAUAAGACGUCGCACUGGCG